GGUCCUGACUCCAGCCGCACCUCCUCCGGCUCUGCAGUGGCGGCGAGAAGGCGAGCCGGAGCGCCGGCGGGGUCAGGCCUGAGCAGAGCCGGGGUCGGGGCAGCCGCGAGGACCCCCUGGAGGCGGGGCCUGUGGGACCGCGAUGGGCGUGGAGAUCGAGACCAUCUCCCCGGGAGACGGAAGGACGUUCCCCAAGAAGGGUCAGAUAUGCGUGGUGCACUACACAGGAAUGCUCCAGAAUGGCAAGAAAUUCGAUUCAUCCAGAGACAGAAACAAACCUUUCAAGUUCAGAAUUGGCAAGCAGGAAGUCAUCAAAGGUUUUGAAGAAGGUGCUGCCCAGAUGAGCUUGGGGCAGAGGGCGAAGCUGACCUGCACCCCUGAUGUGGCAUACGGAGCUACUGGCCACCCUGGAGUCAUCCCUCCCAAUGCCACCCUCAUCUUUGACGUGGAGCUGCUCAACUUAGAGUGAAGGCAGGAAGGAACUCGAGGUGGCUGGAGAUGGCUCCCGCUCUCUGUCCUAGCCUGCUCUGCCACUGGGACGGCUCCUCCUAUGUAGGGCUCUUGAUCAGUGUGCUGAUGUCACUGCCCCUCGACAUUAUCCGUUCUUCCCGCCCGCCCUGCUCUGUAUGCGUCCGCCAUUUAAUUGUUCCCAUACAUCUUUGCUUGAGGAAAUUUAGCGACAGAUCCAGACAUUUCAGGUUGUUUAUUUUGUGAUGCAUGUAGUAGCCAUUCCCGAUCCGAGGACACGGACCUUGUUUGCACAAUCUAUUAUUGCCUUACCUGCACUUAAGCCAGACAUCCAAGGUGCUCAGACAUGCGCUGUACGUGGUUUCAUGGAGGGACUUGAGCCAGUUACCUUUGCUGUCACUUUCUCCUGUUGGCUGCUCACUUUAAGCAGCUCCCUCUUUGGAAAUACUGUGUAAAAUAAAGGCUCCAUGCUUGGCAUCUUCCUGGC